GAGAGAAUGGUAAAAACCCAAGUAUAUUCAUUUCCCGCCACAUAGAAAAGUUCACCGAAGCCUUCCCGCUUGUUUAUUGUUCAUUUCCCGCUCUUCUUAUAUAUUUCUUUACCACUGCCCACAGAUUUUAACUCAAACGCAAAGGGUUCAGUGUUUUCAAUCAUUCAAUUUCAAGGCCAUGGACACUUCAAACCCAGCUGUAUUUGUAAAUGGCGAGUUGCUUCCAAAGUUCAUAGGAAAGAAAGUACGAACGGUGGUUCAGGUGAAUAAAUGUGAUGGUGUGGUCACUGCAGCAAAAUCCACAGAUGAUCAAGAACUAACUGUGAAUGGUUUGCCACAAGUCCCUCUUAUGAAUUUUGUUGAAGUUAUUGGUAUUGCGGAAACUAAUCGCUCCAUCAAUGCUGAAAUCUGGACUGACUUUGGCACCACUUUUGAUACCAAUUCUUACAAUCGGUUAUGCCAACUAGCAAAUGGAGAAUUCAGAAAUCUGUUUCUCUAGGGACCUUACCGAAUGUUUGAUCAGGAAUUGAACGGUAUGGAAUUGCAGCCUUCAUUCUUGGGUGUUAGGAACUUAGGAUGUAAAUGUAUGAUCAAAAGCAAUGACUAGAAUGCAUGUUUAUUCAGAGGAGCAGGCAGAGCAUGUGCUCUGUAUAAACUCUCUUUUCUCUUGGGAGAUACUGGUAUCUGAUUAUCUCUAAUUUAUGUCUGGUUUGGUUUGGUUUAUAAUUAUAUACGGGCCUACAAUGUUUACCUAAGUUUAUAUAUGCACGUUACCUCUAAUGUUAUAUUUAGCUUGGUCUAUAUACAGUAUAAAAAGAUGUUGUCCCUUAAUUAAAGAGUAAAUGUUCUUUUCAGUCCUUAAUCAUUUAUCUAAUGAACUUUGCAUUCUUUAACAAAUAUAAAAACUCAAAUUGGUUCAUAUAUACUUUGAUAUAUGUACGUUUCAGUUUUUACAAUAAUGAAGAUGGCUAAGCAAGUGAUUGAUAUGUCAGCAAGUGACCUGAUCAAAACUGAUUGCAGUGGAAUGUACAUUUAUCAAAGUAGAUAGUAACCAAUUUGGGUUUUUAUAUUUGUUAGGGGGUGCGAAAUCCAUGGAACAAAUGGUUAGAGACCGGAAAUGAUAUAUAUAUAUUUGGUGCCUAUCUUCCGUUAUCAUUUCUUUACCCUGAUUUUU